AUAAAUUUUCUUUGGCGCUACCGCUAUCCAAAGAUUGCGUGGAGCAAGUUUGUGUCGGAAUUUAGAAGUGAAGCAAUCUUCUUCAUAAACAUAUCCAAGAAUAGCAAUACUAACAAAAUCUAAUUUACAUAUACAUACAUACAUAUAUAAAGAAUAUCCGUUGUAGAUAGUUCUAGUGUUUACGUAUUUUUUAAUUUUAUUGCGUAUAAAUAAAUACGUCGUGAUGAGCUUGUGAAAUGAACGCGUUGCGUAACCUCUUCAGCUCGAGGACACUAAAUAGUGUAAGGCAACAUGGCCAGAAUGUCCUCUUUAAUAUUGCACAACCAGUUGAUGGUGCACCUGCGGUUGCACCAAUUGCAGACUUCGAUGAAGGUGUCGAUAAAGGAUCACGUCAACCGUUGAAAAUACCUAAAUCGAUUCUCGAUGCAACUACUUUUAAUGGUAAAAAGUUUGGCGAAACAGCCGCACAUUCAUCCGGCUCGAUUUCGCCAACUACCUUAAAACGUUUGCGAUGCAUGGAGCGCAAGGUUGAGUUAGUUUAUCGCUGUAAACUGUGUAACACACGUAACAGUAAGCUGGUAUCUGAAGCUGCAUACAGAAGCGGUGUGGUAAUUCUCCAAUGUGACGGUUGUUCUGUAAACCAUUUAAUAGCCGAUCAUUCUGGAUGGUUUGCCAAAACCAAAGGCAAGAGCUUCGACCAGGUGCUAGCAGAGAAAGGUGAUCGGGUUAAGGUCAUCAAAGUAAACGAAAAAGGCGAAUUAAUUUAGCUACAAGCAAUAAGAAUUUAAAUUACAGUCUGCUUAAAUAUGAUUUUCUGUUAUCAAUUAGAAACACUACUGCACAAAACAACAUUGUAUCAUAAAUAACAAUUUUAUAAAAAAAAAACUCACUAGAUAAAGAGCUUGAAAGAGACUAAGCCAUCGUAUACACGUUUCUUUUGUUUGUGGUACCGAUGGUUUAAUGUUCACAAGUAAAAAGGAGAACUGCGAAAAUUAACUUAAAAAUUUGUCAUAUUAAUCUAAUAGUAAUUAAUGUAAAUAUGUGUAUUGUAAACAAGUAAUGUGAUAAUAGUAAAAAAAUGCUUUAAUUUGAAUUUGUAUAGUAGAAUCAUGUAACCACGUUUUUGUGCAGUGGAUUAAUAUUCUGAAAUAAAUAAUGUAUAAUAAAUGCAAACUUAUUGUAAAACUUCCAAAAAUGGCAAUAAAAAUAAAAGAGCAAAGCAACAAAACA